GACAAAAAGUUGCAGUUGCAAUGCUCAGGACAUCCAAGCCAAAGAACGCCCGUGCCAAGCGUGCUCUCGCUCAGCGUGAGCCCAAGUUGGUCGAGAAUGCAAAGAAGGCCAUCUUCAUCCGCGGAUCAACAGCCUCUGGUCUCGUCCAGACCGCCAUGGCAGACCUCUACUCCCUGAAAAAGCCCGAUGCAAUCAACUUUACCAAGAAGAACGAGGUCCACCCCUUCGAGGACCCCUCCUCCAUUGAGUUCUGGUCAGAGAAAAACGAUUCGUCGCUGUUAGUCGUCGGUACGCACACCAAGAAGAGACCACACAACUUGACUUGGUGCAGAACGUUCAGUUACCAGGUUCUCGAUGUGAUUGAGUUGGGAAUUCAGAAUUUCAAGCCUAUAGCCGAGUUCAAGACACAGGGAUCCGCUGUCGGCCUGAAACCCCUCAUGCUCUUCAACGGACCCAUUUUCGAUACCCACCCUAACUACAAACACGCCAAGUCUUUGUUCAUUGACUUUUUCCGCGGUGAGCAGGUUCAGAGCAUCGAUGUCGCCGGUCUGCAGUACAUCAUCUCGGUCUCCGCUGGCGAGGCGACCGACGACGUUCCCCAUCCCCAAAUCAACUUCCGCGCAUACCUCAUCCAAACCAAGAAAUCCGGCCAGAAGCUCCCUAGAAUCGAACUCCAAGAAAUGGGUCCCAGAAUCGAUUUCUCUGUGCGAAGAGUCCAGGCGCCGAACGACGAUGUCUGGAAUGAGGCGACCAAGAAGCCUAAGCAGUUGAUGCCGAAGACAAAGAAGAAUGUUGGCAUGAACGAGAUUGGAGACAAGACUGGAAGGAUCCACGUUGGAAGACAGGAUUUGACGAAGAUGCAGACCAGAAAGAUGAAAGGAUUGAAGAAGAGGGCAGGGGAGGAUGCUGAUGAGGAGGUCGUAGCGGAGGCACGGUCGAAGAAGGCGAGAACAUCUGACGCGAUGGACGAGACAGAGUAA